GGAGAGUUCUCUCGGUCCUGCGAAGCUUGUUUUAACUUCAUCGUACGGUUUUCGCAAACUCCAUACCUCACGCAUCUUCUCAUUUUGAGCAUCCAGAAACGCAAAUCGAUGAAAGCAUAGAUAUCGUCUCCAGAAAUACUCACGAAAUAACUGUACAAACAUGGGACCUCUGGUCAAGGUCUCACCACCACCACACACCCCUAAUGUCGCGGCACUGAAGACCGCCUUGAAAGCGCAACCACAAGCAUAUCCUGACCACACUGCAAGUCAGAUUCUAGCCCGGGACAGUCAAACCUCACUUACCGGUACUGAGGGCACAGACACGGCAUCGAAAAUCCCGGAUUCUAGCACGGAACUCCUCUCAACGCUGCAGAGCAGUAGCAGCGACUUGACUGUUCAAACCUCGUCGCCAGCGGGGAGUGAGGGCACUGCAAGAACAAAACGACCACGAGAGGAGGACGCAUCUGAUGAUGCGGCAGGGGCCAAGGAUGGGCUGGCGAUGAACAAUGAAAGCGUGGCGGAAGCGGGGAAGGUUAUCAAACGAAGAAGGAAGGAACGCAAGGGAGACACUUCAGUUUUGGAUGCUGCAAAUAGGAUUUUCCCGGAGUAUCUGAGAUUAACGAACGAGCUAUUUGCCGGGUUUGAGGGAUUGGCUCCUGGGUGCACUGAGAGGAGGGACAGAAGGCAGGAGGCCCGGUCUUCGACAGAGUCAGGGGCCAGUAAGCCGAUACUAGAGCACCCCACCAAAACAUUGCGAAAACUCCUUGCAUUAGGUGCUGAGAAGGAUGCAUUUGUUGCACGUUUGACUGCACAGCAAAAGUUGCAGGACGAAGUGGACGAAGCAAACAUGCAAUUGUUAGAUAUACGGGCCGGCACUGCGGAGCUCUGUCGAUUGAUUGGACGAAAAAGACGGGAAGGCGCUGAUCUACUCGACGAAGCUAGGCCGGCACUGAAACAGGCGAAAGCAGCUGCCGCAGAACGUCUGAACGUGGAAGAUCUCACCUCAUAUGCCAUUCGCCUCUCGAAGUUCACAAUGGAAGCACCUGUCCUUGGUCGUGGUCACGAGCCACCGAUUCCACAGGAGCAUCACAUGAGGAUGAGCUUGCUCUUUCAGCAAGGCCAUGGCCUUGGUCGGCAGACCACCCCGGAAGCAAAAGAAGAAAAGACACCAGAGCAUGUGUUACCUUUCAACUUCAUUCCCGAUGGCGACGAACACAAAGACGAUAUUUUCGCCGCGGCCACGAAGCCAUUCGGAGGAGAGGAUGACGACUCGGAUGGUGAUCCACUGGAUCUUGACUUCUGAAUAUUUCCCAGUACGACGGGCGGUGAAGAUUAUCGGGCAGCGGAAGAAGUAGGACCCAAGAAGGAAGGCUGCUGACCGCGGCUGGAAGAGUUUAAGGCUUAUGAAGAGCUUGCGGGGCAGUUUUGCAUGGCGAAGAAUUGGCUGAGCAUGUUUUGAUAGCCGAAGAGGAGCGGCUGUUGGCUGCCGAUCGUUCGAAAGACCUGGCAAGGAGCGGAGGAGGAAAGACUGCCCGAGGAGCGGCGGUCACUUUUGGAAAACCCUACUGUGCAUCCACGUAUAUACCCCACCUACGGAUCUGGUGCGCUUUAAGGUUCAUUUUUUGGCUCUGAUACAUUGAUAGAAAUAUAAAUUACAAU